CUCUAUUAAAAUUCCGUAUUCAGAUAGCUAAACUCUACACUCAUAUAAAAUACCUUCUAACGUCCUCGCGGUGAAUCCAAACUAGAAAGUUGUUAUCGUAAAAAUCUUAUACAUCGGCGCCUCGGACCUAACAGAGAAGGCUGCCGUCAUCCACCAUUUUCGUCACUUUUUCAUUAUCUUAGCGGCCUUGUGCCUGUACCUGAGUCUCCAUUCCUAUGAAGAUGCAACGCAGCCCUGCUCUGUACCUAUCGCUCCACUGGAGCCAAUAGCGCAGUCCACCGCUACAAUUACGAACCUAACGACACACGACACUCAACUCCACUUUACAUAUAAUAUACUACGACUGCGAAAUAUCCGGCGAACUAUCGUCGGCGUUGCACCUUGCUGGGCGCUACCGACCUUUGACCAUAUGAUGCCUCCGCGGUCGAUCCCGGCAACUCCGAGGGUGAUUUCACCGUCGCCCACCCCCUCCGAGACGUCACCGGAUGGAUAUUCUGGUCCGAUGACACGCGCAUCCGCAAGGAAGCGCGUAAAUACCCCCCAGGCUAUUCAUGAAGAUCUCGACGACGAGUCAUCAGACUCCAGCACCGAUGCGACUGGCAGAAGGCCGAGGCCGAAGAGCAGAAGCCCGGUCAGGGUUCGCAAGACCAGCGGAAUCUCCAAAGCCCAACCCAACGGGGUGCCAGAAAUACAAGAUGAGGCAUUAUUAAGUCCAGCAAAGCUGUCGCCAUCGACGGCCUGGAGUUGGCGCGAUUUCAGUCGCAGCCCGAGCCCUCUCGGCUUGAUUCCGAUCCAUAAACAAUUCCGCGCCUUCAUUCACAGGCACGAGGUACCCAGGAAAGCACUGCAUGUGUCGAUAGGAUUCUUCACGCUAUGGGCAUACGUCUCCGGAAAGCAAACCAGCGCCAUCCCACCUUAUCUGAUGGCUGCACUUGUACCUAUCGCCGCAACAGACUAUUUAAGGUUUAGGUUCCCAUACCUGAAUCGAAUAUAUGUAAGGGCACUUGGUGCUCUCAUGCGCGAGACGGAGUACAACUCAUGGAACGGCGUCAUAUGGUAUUUACUCGGUACAUGGACCGUGCUCUACUUCCUUCCCAAAGACGUCAGUGUUGUUGCAGUACUCCUCCUCAGUUGGUGUGAUACAGCUGCAAGCACUUUCGGGCGGGCCUGGGGCAGAUACACUCCACGGAUCAGGAAAGGAAAAUCCCUUGCUGGCACUGCCGCUGCAUUUAUUGUCGGUGUUGUGACUGCCGUGGGUUUCUGGGGAUGGUUGGCCCCGCGAACUGGGCCGUUCCCUGGUGAUGACGACUGGCCAUUUAUGUUCACGGGUGUACUAAGACUCCCUGGCGCCAUCCAGAACGGGCUGAGCCUCACUGACUCUCAGAGCACAAUUGGAGGAGGAGUUGCACUUGCAAUAAUGAGCGUGUGGACGGGUUUUGCGGCAGCGGCUAGUGAAGCUGUUGAUAUCUUUGGCUGGGAUGACAACCUAACCAUACCAGUCCUGAGUGGUAUCGGCAUCUGGGGCUUCCUCAAGAUCUUUGGUUAGAAGGACAGGAAGAUCUAGGAUAAGCUCAGCAUUGGACAGAACGAAUAGCACACGAAUAGCACAUCACAUGUAUUAUAGUAGACGAAUAACCUAAUUGCCACUAGACAGCACUCCACGUUUUGAGACUUUCUUGUGCCUCUUGUGCCUCCAGACAUGGUUUCGUCAGUAUCCCUUCCGAUGCACGAAUUCCUUCAGUGGUUGUGACGAGAUAUUUUGGAAUUUGUGUCCAGCCCAUGUUUUCGUGCCACAGGUGCCAGUCGCCUCGUCCAGCUUCAUUGGUUCCUGGCAUGUAUAGGCCACCUCAAGCCGAAGCCCUGCAUAUUCGGCCGCGUCUUCCUACGGCCAUUUGAUCGCUGAAAAUAUGCGGGCUUACUCCGUCCUUGGCCAACGAAUGCAGCCUUGUGGCAUUCCGUUCCAAUGUAUUAGCUAUUAGUUGAGGGUCUAGGGGAAAAACGUGCCGCGGGGAGCAUGAUACUUGCCCGUGAAAUGUACUGACUGCACUGUAACCAUCCAUGGCAGGACUCUUGUGUUCCCAUAACACAAAGCCACAAAGGUUUUUUAUGAUACCGCAGUUGUGUCACUUAGCCUAUCACAGCAGAAAAUGGCAUUUCCAAGCUGUCUGUUUGAUGGGUUCCGAUCGGACAUUACAAAGUGAUGUCAGGGACGAAUUUAUGUUUUUAUUUUCAAUAAAAAAUUAAAUAUUUUGG